GCGAAAUAAAGCGAGAAUAAUUUGGUUGUCGGUUGUUGAGCUGUUGUGCUUAAUAUUUUUUCAUUUCUAUUUAAAAUUUAUUAUUUUUAUUGGAUUUAGUAAAGUUUUCGCGUUUUAUUUUGAACAAUUUAACACGGUUGCUCGUGCGUCGUAAUUUGUAUCGACCAAUCAAAUUACAUUUACUAAAUAGAAUCGUAAUAAAAUUCGGAUACAAAUGCUGGGUGAAAUAAUUGCGAAGUGAAAAGAACUUGAUAUUACGGGUUUUGAAAAAGCUUCCUGCCUGGCUUAUGAAUGAAACGACAUUUGUGAAAAGUGACUUAUAUCAAUAACGAAUUGAACCACGAAUUUAUUAUGCUUUGUGUGUCUUGAAAAUUUUAAGGCAUUUUAUUUUUAAAAGUGCAACAUGUCACUUUAUUAAUUAUAUUUAAUCUUUUGUUUAGCAAUUUAUAUAAAAGUGCUAGCAUUGCUGUAGUUCGGAAGUUGUAGGAAAAUUCAACAAUUAAGAUAAAAAGAGAAAACAAUUUAAUAUAGAUAAUUCACGAAGCAACGUUUAUACAUUAUUUGGAGUAUAUUGAUAUCAUGGCGGAUUCAUAUUAUCAGGUUUGUAUUUUGGUGUUCUCAAAAGAUGAAAAAUGUGUUGUUGAUCUGCGUACUAACAAUAUUCUGGCUUUUGAAAGUCAGUGUAUCCGUCAGUGCAGAUGCAAAGGUUUAAAUUAAAAAUAUAUAAAAAAUGUGCAUGUGAUCUAACCAUUUGGACCAAGUACGGUUCUCAGCUGAAUAGUCCUUUGGAAGUGUAAUGCGUUACCUAGACUUUUUUCCAACUUCUAUGGCUUGCGUCUAUAUUCAUUUAUAGCAAGAAUCAAUAGUAGUCAUCAGAAUGUCUUAUUUGUAAUACAACAAAAGCAAAAAAUAGAGACUUUAUAGAUUGUAUAGUAUUUAAUGCGCUCGAUAUUUGUCGAGUUUGAUUUUUAUUAUAACUUUUCUAUUUUAAACACGUCCACAUGUUAUUCGUCUUCUCAAUGUUUCUUUUUUUUUGUUUUGCCUGUUAUUAUUAUUUGUAUUUGUUUGCUGCUGGUGAAUUCGGCUAUUUGUCCGCAAAGUACGCGUUUAGCGUUAAGACUCAAUGUCGCCCAAAAAUUUUUCCUACCAAAUCGACACUUUACGAGCGUCAAUAUUCGAGUAUAUUUGUUUAUAUUUUAUAUUUUAUUUUUCCUUAAUUUCGCCUCUUCUGCGCUGUUAAAUUCGUCAAUUGGGUUUUUCUUGAUUUUUUAUUUUCAUUUGUUGAUUUUUGUUUUUCUUUUGUCUUUCGAUAUGUUAUUCGUACUUUCGCCGCUGAAUUUCAAUAUUUCAGUACAUUCGAAUAUUAUUUUGGGUGUCUGCCCACGCCUUUAUUACAAUUUUGCGCUUCGCAAGCGUUUUCACACUUCGUUUUGUGUAUUUCUUCGACGCUGGCGGACUCAUUGUUGCGCGUAAUUUGCCAUUUAGUGUUUGGUUUGGACAAUUUUUGUUACAACUGUAUGGUUAAAUCAAAAUAAUGAAGCGUUCAAAUACGUCAUUUGUUGUAGAUUUACCUCUUGGCACGUACGUUACUGUACAAUUUGUUAAUUUGUGGCGACAAUCAGCGGCAAUUCGCGUUGCGGAAGACUUUGAAAAAACCAGAAGUGGUCAGUGCAUAUAAUUUACGCACCCGCAGAUUCGUGUAUACAUAGAAAUGUGAGCGUUUAAGAAAUUGUUAACAAAACUGUGUUCGAGUGUCGAAUUUUUUUUAUUUUUAUUUAAUUUACAAUUGUUUUGCCCGCUUAGAAAAUACAAAGAUUGUGACCAAACAAAUACAAAAAUACAAAUAUAAAAAUAAAAAAAUAAAAAGUUAUAAUUGACCAAUAAAAGUAUGUCCAAAGUGCUGUGUUUAUUACGUUUAAUGCUAAAAAUAAUUUAUACCAUACCAACUGCUGUGAUUAAAUUUGAAUUAUGACGUCCAUUACAAUGAAUAUGGUUUUCUUAAAGGAUUUACGAACGCGCAUCCGAGGAUAUAUCCACGGUGACUACAUUAAACAUCCCGUCCUUUACGAGCUCAGCCAUAAAUAUGGCUUUACCGAUAAUUUACCCGAGAGUGCACUGCCCAAUCGUCUCGAGGAAAUCAAAGAGGCGAUACGGCGUGAAAUUCGCAAAGAACUGAAAAUUAAAGAGGGCGCGGAGAAAUUGCGCGAAGUAGCCAAAGAUCGACGCUCCUUGAACGAUGUGGCUACGAUUGUGAAGAAAAGCAAUAGUAAAUUAGCCGAGUUGAAAUCGGAAUUGCAAGAAUUGGAGAGUCAUAUACUCCUAACGCAGGGCAACUCUGUGAGCAAUGGCAGAGACGGCUACUCCUCGAAUUUAUCCACGCCAACGUCCACUUUGGGCGGCAGCGUCAACAGCUUGGGCGGUGGCAAUGGCGGCCUUAUUGGUGGCGGCCAUGAACAGCUUUCCACGAACGACAAAAUGCUCAUCUCACUCGAGAAGCAACUGAAUAUCGAAAUGAAAGUGAAGAAUGGCGCCGAAAACAUGAUACAGUCAUUGGCGAAUGGCCAUCAUGGGCGUGACAAAAAGCUCUUGGCUGAGGCGCAACAAAUGUUGGCCGAUUCGAAGGCAAAAAUUGAAUUCUUGCGGCUACGCAUCCUCAAAGUGAAGCAGAACAAGGAACACGCUCACAAAUUGUCCGCGCAGGCAGCCAUAGCGGCCAGUGGCGAUGGUGAGAAUGGUGGGCAGCCGCAGCGGCUGGAGACGACGCUCGAGGAGCGCAUCGAAGAGUUGCGGCAUCGCUUGCGCAUCGAGGCCGCCGUCGUGGAUGGAGCAAAAAAUGUGAUACGCACCCUACAGAAUAACAAAGUGCCCGACAAGAAGGCGUUGCAAGAGGCAAACAUACGUCUUAGUGAGUCUUCGCGUAAGCUGGAUCUCCUAAGGCACUCCCUUGACUUGCGACGUCUGGAAUUGCCCGUGGAUUCGCCGGCCGCACACCAACUAAAAUCCGAACUGCAAUCGGUACAGCAGGCUUCGUCGCCAAUUCCAGUCACCUACACGUCACUGCAACCGUUUCAUGGCGGCUUGUUGGGCGGCAAACCAUACCAACAGGUAUCUUCACUCGGCCGCUGCGCCAGCGUAUCCGGUAAGCUAGAAGUGCGUCUGAUGGGUUGCCAAGACUUACUUGAAGACGUGCCUGGACGUUCUCGACGCGAUAAGGAUAACAAUUCCAGUCCGGGCGAUUUGCGCAGCUUCGUUAAGGGUGUAACGUCUCGCAGCAGUUCGAAGAGUUAUUCAGUCAAGGACGAGACUUCAUCCGAGAUAAUGGCAGUCAUAAAGCUAGAUAAUAUCACGGUAGCGCAGACUUCUUGGAAGCCUUGUUCGCAACAGGCUUGGGAUCAGCGCUUCUCCAUCGAUCUAGACCGUUCGCGUGAGCUGGAAAUCGGUGUUUACUGGCACGAUUGGCGCUCUUUGUGCGCUGUGAAAUUCUUGCGUUUAGAAGAGUUCAUCGACGAUGUGCGACACGGUAUGGCACUGCAGUUGGAGCCGCAAGGUCUGCUUUUUGCCGAAAUCAAAUUCCUCAAUCCUAUGAUAUCGCAAAAACCGAAGCUGCGUCGCCAGCGUAUGAUAUUCAACAAACAACAAGUGAAGAACAUACCGCGUGCCAAGCAAAUGAACAUCAAUGUGGCCACGUGGGGUCGUUUGCUGAAACGCAAUACACCCUCUAGCUCGCAUCUCGCCACUGAAGGCACAACACGUGGAAAUUCACGCGACAGCGAAUCGCCUAUUUCACGCUCACCAUCGUCCGGCACCAUCGACGCCGAACCCGAACCGUAUUCACCCGGUCAGCAGGCACGCAAUCUGGAAUACGAUCCCGAUGCGGGUCUGCAUGAGCACGUCGAAACGCCUGGCGAAUGUCCUGACCCCGAAGUGAGCGGUCUCAGUGGUAUGCGGCCACUAUCGAUGCAGGGCAUUGCAGUGCUGCCACCGGAAGUGCCUUCACAAACUACACAACAACAACAGCAGCAGCAGCAACAUUUGUCUUCGAAGAACAAUAACUUGCAUUUGCAGAUCGCCGGAAAGCAUGGCUCAAUGACGCCUGCUGAAGUCAGCGGCGGCAUGUCAAUGGGCUCGCGGCCCACUUCGAAAUUGCCAACACCCACACAAACUCAGCCGCCACCCAUUCCGACCACGGCGCCACCCAAACUCGAUCCAGAGUUACAGAGUGCCUUGCGAGAAUUCGAUUUUCUCAAUCAAAUGGACUCACAGCCCAACACACUGCAACGGCCGGGCCAUCAAUUCAAUCGACAACAACAACAGCAACAACCACCUGCGCUGCCAACGAAGCCCCAACAACAGCCCUUGCAGCAGCAAUACAUCGCCGCGGCCGCCCAACAAAUACUCCAGCCAUAUCACACACCACUGCCCACACAACAUCCAACACCGUUUCAACAGUACCAACCGCCGUCCGCUGGUGGUGGUGGUGUUGGUGGUGGUCAGGGUCGUCAGCAGAGUUCAAUGCCAACAACUCCCGAAGCCAGCAGCAGCCAAAGCCAAACGGUGGCGCCGAACUUCGGCAAUGCAACGAACGCGAAUAAUAACAGUAAAUACAAUGUGCCGCAUGUGGCACGCCAAACUAGUCAAAGUAGUUUCAGAAAUCAUCAACAGCAGCAACACCAACAACAACAGCAGCAAAACUACAUUAACAAUAAUAAUAGUAAUGUGAAUGCUGCGAGUGGCGUGAUGGCCAACAUGUACCAUCGUCCGGUGCUGGCCAUGCCGCCGGUGAUUUUGAUGGGCGGCGAGUUGGGGGCCAACGAUGUGAACAGUCCGAUAAUUGAGAUGCCGCCGUCACCGGCGCCGAGCGCACUACCGAUUGUGGAAUAUCCCGACGACGAUGAGUAUGCGACGCUCGAUGUUGCAGCGACGAGUUACAGCACCGAUGCCGGUGAUCGUUUCUGUGUCGAGGCGCAUAUCAAUGUUGUACACAUAACAAUUGAACCUCUAACACCUACAACAACAACAUCAACUGCAACAAUAUAUCCAACAACAAUAACAACAACAAAGUGCAUACAACUAGCUGAUAGUAAACCGAAUGAGAUUACCACUUCGCCAACAACAACAACAGCCACAUCAGCCACACUGACUGAUAGUGAAAUCGAAACCGAAAUCGAACUUGAGACGAAGAGUCUAAGCGACUGCAUAGAAUCGAAUCACAGUUCACCGCGAUUCGAAUCAGUCACAGUGACGGAAGUGUACGACUACACAAUCGAAAGUGAUAAAUUAGGAACGAAAAGUGCUAAUGAGAAAUCAGUGCAGAUCAUACCACAAUUUGGCAAUUUAUCAGUCAACAACAGCAACAACAAUCAGCAACAGAAGCAAUAUGUGCCCGAGUCACCGAUUGUACAGGAGCCGCCAACGCCCACCGUCUACGGACAGGCUGCGGUGCAGACGCCGCAUUUCCCUCAGGCGGCACAGCGCCAAAACUAUGCGGCAGCGCCCCCCACGUCCGCCGCCUAUCAGCAACAGCCCAUCUACCAGAAUCAGUACGAGCUCAAUGCUGCUGCGAUGCCGCCACCACCUGCCGUUGGCACAGGUGGCCGCCGCAAUGUGGCACGCGGCUUGCAGUACCGCGACUCGGCUUACGAGUCACGCCGCCAGUCACAGGCAAUCGGCGGUGGCGUGCCGCCCGGUAUGCUGUCCAUCGAGAACUUCCGGCUGCUGAGUGUUCUGGGUCGCGGACACUUCGGCAAGGUCAUCUUGUCGCAGCUGCGCAGCUCCAACCAAUAUUAUGCCAUCAAGGCGCUGAAGAAGGGCGAUAUCAUAGCACGCGACGAAGUGGAAUCGCUGCUGAGUGAGAAGCGCAUUUUCGAGGUGGCCAAUGCGAUGCGUCAUCCAUUUCUGGUCAAUUUGUACGCGUGUUUCCAGACUGAACAACACGUUUGCUUUGUUAUGGAGUACGCGGCAGGUGGCGAUCUGAUGAUGCACAUACACACCGAUGUGUUUUCGGAGCCGCGUGCCGUGUUCUACGCCGCCUGUGUGGUACUCGGCCUACAGUAUUUGCAUGAAAACAAAAUCAUCUAUCGUGAUUUGAAGCUGGAUAAUCUACUUCUGGACACAGAUGGUUAUGUGAAAAUUGCCGAUUUCGGUUUGUGCAAGGAGGGCAUGGGCUUCGGUGAUCGGACGGGCACUUUUUGCGGCACUCCCGAAUUUUUGGCGCCCGAAGUGCUCACAGAGACAUCGUACACACGCGCUGUGGACUGGUGGGGUUUGGGUGUAUUGAUAUUCGAAAUGCUUGUCGGCGAGUCGCCAUUCCCUGGCGAUGAUGAGGAGGAAGUUUUCGAUUCAAUUGUCAACGAUGAAGUACGCUAUCCGCGGUUCUUGUCACUGGAGGCGAUUGCUAUUAUGCGUCGGCUAUUACGCAAAAACCCAGAGCGUAGAUUGGGUUCGUCGGAACGCGAUGCGGAGGAUGUGAAGAAACAAGCGUUCUUCCGUUCCAUCAGUUGGGAUGAUUUGUUGUUGCGCAAGGUGAAGCCGCCAUUUGUGCCGACAAUUAACCAUCUUGAGGAUGUGUCGAACUUCGAUGAGGAAUUUACCUCCGAGAAACCGCAGCUAACACCUCCAAAGGAGCCCAGACAUUUGACUGACGAAGAGCAGCUGUUCUUCCACGAUUUCACAUACACCGCCGACUGGUGUUGAUAUCUCGCAUAAGUGCAGUCAAAAUGUAUGUAAAAUAGAGGAGUGCAACUCAUUUAUGCCAACAAGGAUAGCGAGAACAGCGCAAACGACUUCCCCUAGGGAACCGUUGAGGAGAGUUGUUGGUCGUCGGGACACUUAUUUUUCAAUUUGGAUUAUUCGAUUUUGUGAAAUGUUUUGUUCUAACCUGUUCAAAUGUUAGGUGUGACCAACGCUGUUUAAUUCGAUUGUGUAUUAGUUUAAGUAAAAAGUAAUUUCAAUAGAAACAACACUUAGUUCGCCUAGGUAUACAAAACAAUAUGCAUUAUUACGCAAUAAAAGAAGCAUGUCAUUUAAGAGCAGCGUGGAAGGUGAAAAAUUAUUUAUAAUGAAAGAGAAAAACAACAACAAUUAUACAUACAUACAUAUAUACAUAUAUUAUACGCGAAUAUACAUAAAGAAUAAUAUAAAGUAAUGAUUUAUGUAGAGUUUAUUAAAAUAUUAAAAAUCGCAAAAUUAUAGUUGGUUUAACUAAACAGAAGUUUACAUGUUUGCUUUAAUCAAAUUUAUUAAAACAAAAACAACAAAAAAAACUCAAGUAGUUUAGUUAAGUGCAGUGAUUUUUUUAAUGUUUGCAAACACACAACCGACUAACAAUAAAGCAGCUAUUUGAAAAUGUGCGUGUAAAAAUAUACACAAAUACAGAAAA